AUGAAUGUGUUCCAUGUUUUGUGGCGACAAUUGCGUGCUGUCCUCAUUUUGAGAUGUAGAUGUGCGUGUGCGCAUGCAGAGGUUGACCGUGGUCAAAACGUCCUCUCUGGGUUCUUUUCUUGUGUAUCCAUUUCGCGGCUUGUAGUUGUACUGCCCCAAUCGCGGCUGGUUGCAGGGACAGAAAACUUGUCGAGUUCCACCACUCGAUGUUUGUCUUCAUCUGCGUGUUUCACUUCAUUUUAUGGCCUUGUGUGUAUAUCUUGUCCAUGUUGCCGAGCGCUUUACCAAUUCGAGGCAGAAAAUGAUACUGAGCUGGAGUUCUCGGAGGGCGAAGUCAUUCAACUGAUCAGACAGGUGGACGAGAAUUGGUACGAGGGACGUUUGAAUAACAAGGAGGGAUUCUUCCCAGUAAACUAUGUGGAGGUGAUCGAGCCCCUUCCUUCGUCGGCCACAGAUUUCUACGCAAACUGA